AUGGCUACCUCUGAUAACAUGACCGGAGAGAGUAUGAUCAUCCAACGCAUCCCUCUGGUUCAUGGUAAGUCUGUGGGUUGUCACGUUUAUACCCCGGGACCGAAACCGAGACGGCCGUGCUCUUUGAAUCUGACUCACAGUAUCUCGCUGCCUGAAAGGGAAAACCUCCCAAGCGAUGCGCUGAACGGCGACUUCCAGGGUCGCACUAGCAAGUCGAGCGCCAACGAAAGGGCAGGAAUCUCAGAUCCGGGUUCUGGAGACGCAAGAGGAUACAACUCUACAAUUCUGCGCUGUCGUAACUUGUUUGUUCUUGAAUCAGAGGUUAAUGGGGCUGAGGAGAAUUGUGAUACAUAUGCAAACAACAUGCAUAAGUACUGUAAAGAGUACUCAUUUUGCCAAGAUGGAAAUUCAAACGGGACCAAGGAUAAGACCGUGAGAUACGCCACAAAUCCUUGGUCGCUUUGUGGCAGCCAGUGCACUGAGAGUACCACUGCAUGCAACCAUAAUAUUAAAAUUGUGGAGCGUUUCUGGACAGUCAGAGAUGACAAACAAGUCCUAUCAGACUCAGGGCUGCAACUUCGCAGGGACAAUGAAGACACCCCGAUAUUAAUGGACUGUGAGGAGCAAGACUGGGCUGAUAAAAAGGACUGUGAGGGAUAUGUUCAAAAGAAGGGAACUUUUGAGGAACAUGACUGUUAUCACUAUGUUCCUAACAUAGCCAAUGCCUUGUCAGAUUGUGAGGCUUGGAAUCAAAACCAGACCGAUUAUAUCAGUGAUUCUUCUUGCAACAGCUCUGAUGGGGUGCUAGUAAAUUUCAGUGCCAUCUAUAACAAAACCAAUAAUGCGGUCCCUGCUACACCAUAUGACCUGGAUAGUCCUGCCAAGCAGUCCCAAGGAUCAGGAUCCAUGCACCAGGAUGAUGACUUCAAGCUGAUUCCGUGCUGGUCUCCUUGUGGGGUUGAUCCAAACUGUAACAUCUACCAGUCCGACUGUAAUGGUUUGUCAUCUCAGGAAAUUUCUGAUCUCACUCCCUGUCAAGGUCAGUUGACUACAUACACCAACAAUUAUUACAAGCUGGUGAACUGUGACCUCUCGACUCAGUCUGCCGCUAGUCCGGCGUGGUCGUCUUUGACAAGUUGGUCCGAAGUUCAUAGCCACGGAAGCAUGACGCCACCUACUGAAUACUUUCUCUUCGGAAAACCAGAGACGGAAGACGUCGAGGUGGUCGAAGUCGACCAAAGGGACCUCCAGGUUGAUGAGGACGCAGAACUGAAGAGAAGCAAAAUAACCAGAAAGAUUUCAAAGGGAAUAAAUGAAAGAAAGACUCACAGCAAGACACAUCAUGACGAGUGCAAAGAUCCAGAACCCAAUAGCUAUGAACACACCAGUGCUACACGAGUAUCUCAGAGCUGGAAUAACAAACCAUGUUGUUCCUUACCAAAGCAGGAAGGCCUGCGCCAUGUGCUGAGCUGUCCAGGACAGAUAAGUGUAUCCUCACAUGUGCUGAGGCAGCAUAAAACCUCAUUUGCAGAGCUUGCCCGCUACAAGAAGAGUGAGAGAAGUCCAUCAAUGGUGAAGAACAGCAAGGAAGAUCCUACUUGCUCCUGGUUCUCCCAGAACAUUUCACCUGUUCAAAGGAAAGCUCCAUCUGGACAAAAUGUAACCUUAAUCACAAGCAAGACUGAGAAGGAAUCUGGAAGAUCGGGGAGCUCUGAAACUGCUGGCAUACCACCAAUGGGAGUUCCUGAAUCAUGCCAGGAAGUGGCGCACGACACUAAACCACAGAGACCUACCUCUCUACCCAUCCAGCCCUUUGUCCUUCAACCACCAUCAGGAAAGCAAUCCAGCAAAGCCCUGGGCUCACUGAUAAACCAUUACGUGAGUAACAAACACGGUGCAUCUAAAAGCACUGACCAGCCCAGCUGCUUAGCACUCUCACCUUUGGACUAUUCUUCCAUUCAUCUGGAGGUAGCCUCAUGCGCUGAUACCUGCUCCACCUGUACCCCAACCCCAAUAGAGCCUCACAUUCGGCCCCAUUGGGCUCCACCCAGCCCACUGUUCUUCCAGGCUCACCCAGACCUUAACUACAGAAGUACAAAGACUGUAGAACCCACUCUGCCUGAUAAGAGCCUAGGAGCAAAUCAUACUUGCUUAGAUCAAACCUGUCCAACUCUUAAACCGUGUGUGACUGGCCAAGAAAAGACCUCUCUUAAAUCUUUUCCCAAUAGACAUUUACAGAACUUUCUUCUUGAGCAAGCUGGCUCACAUCAGACAUCUCCAAAAUGUCUAGCACCAGAACCAAGAACACAAGCAGAGCAUGUUUUUCCUCGUUCUAGCUUGUCUCCAGCCAUUACCUCAGUGACAUCUCUGACCUCUGACACCUCCCUUAUACUUCCUGGUGCUGGAAGAAGCAACUCGGAUGCUGUUCAUCAAGCCAACACUAACGAGGAGCUCGACACGGCUGUUUUUCACAUCUUUGGAGCAACAAAGCCACCCUGCUUCUUGGUGAAAGAACAACAUCAGCAUGGUGACUCAUCCUCUCUGGCUGAUAGACCGCCUGAAGAGUUCUGCUCAUCACCAGAUGCCUGCACUAAAUUUCUUCCUAUUGAUCUGCUGCAGAGGAAAGACAUGCUGAAAUCGCUGAGCGUAGCAGUGGAUUUGAUCACAGCCCACUUCAGCUCCUGCACGGACCCUGACGAGAAGGUAGUAUCACGAGAACCGUGA